AUGAACGCACAGCUUUCGUCUGCCCUUGAUGGGCUGGAAAGCAAACUCAACUUCCUCUUGACCUCUCUGACUACGCCCGCCGCUGUGGGAGCCCCCGCUGCGGCCAUUGCGCUGCUUGAAGCUGACGAUGUUGUCUCUUCUGCCCUUGACACUCUACGUACCCACCAAGCCAACUAUGCCAAAAUACUCCAUCUACGCUCCGAGGCACAAAUUUUGGAAGAUCGUAUAAAAACCAUUGUGCGAGAUAUCUCUGGGGCAGGCAAGGAGAUCGCGGAGGCUACCGGCGAGAAUGAAGAUGAGGACUACGACAACUCUACGGACGAUGAAUCGGGGACGGAUACGGAGAGUGAGAAUGACGAGGCGAUUGCGCAGAAACUAAACAAAGGCGGCCGAAAGAAAGAAGUGGAUUAUAAACUGCUUCUGGAGUUCGCGCGAAGAAUUAGUAAAUACAACAAGCAAGCCGCGGCCGAUGCAACCCUUGGAGUUUUGGAAACGACAGGUUCAACGAAGCAACUCCAAGAGAAGCAGACUGAAGAUACGAAAAUGACUGAUGCCGACGGUCUGGACACAAGACAAGAGGGCGAUACUGCAGAAGUGACCGUGGGUGCUGUGACAAAGGAAGCGACAAGCUGGCUUGAUGAAUCAGCUGACGCAGAUCGGCAAUUCUUCAUGAUUCCCUAUCCGAACGAGGAUCGUAUACGGAUGGGAUUGAUGGGACAGUUGCAGCUGGCUGCCUUGGAUGGAAAUAUCGACCCAGAGAAGGAGGCGGAGCGUAUGGUACAGGAAGCAGAAGGUACUGGUGUCGCCGGUGCCAUACCAAAUGCCCAGGUUCCUGGUAUAUCUCAGAGUCUUGCUGAUGAGGCUGGGAAGGCAGCUAUUCAUGCUGGAUCACAAGCCAUGGAUAAAGCACUAGCAUCUGCGGCGAAAGUUGCUGUGCCGGCUUCUCAGCCUAAAUCGAUGCUGGACUUGGAUUUGUAUGAUCCUGAAGAUGAUGACUAA